AUGCAAUAUCACCACGCCAACGUACAUUGGCCAGAUACAGGGAAAACCGGCGUAGAGAUCCUGGCUCUGCCCGACAGUUACAGGCAGUUGUUCAAGCUAUUCGCGGGGGUUCAGCGGCCGUACUACCAGGAGACCUGGGCCAUUGUUACUGCGUGCCACGGUCUCGCUCAACAGUGGGAAAGCCUGCGUUUGGCGAUCGGUGGCCCAGACGCGUUCGAUCAGGUAAUCCAGAGAUCGACGACUGCGCUGAAAGCGGCCGCGAAGACGACCUUUUCACCCGAGACCGUGUUCGAUUACUCCGCUGAUGCCGUCAAAGAAGCGCAAGACGCAAUCACUGCGGCUGCGGCGGAGAUUCAACUUGCCCACAGGCUAGAAAAGAUUGAAGACACGACGAAGUUCGUGUCUGCUUUCGGAGAAGCUAGAGCCAAAGACCAAAUGCGUCUGGAUGACUUUAAAGCGCGCUUGGCGGGUGAACGUCCGGUGAAUGAGAAGCGGGACAUGAUCACGAUCGAAGUCAACAUCCAAGCCAUUGGCCAGAUCAAAGCGCAGAUGAUGAAUUGCACUCUCAGUUCCACCGAUUCGUUGAGCCGGUUGCUGUAUCAAGUCGGCGAUCAACUCUCCACGGCCGAGGCAGCCGUUCUGAGAAAGGACGGGGCCUUCAAGAAGGCAGUGACAGAUAUUGAUGAGAUCAACAGCCCUACACCGGUUAGCGCGCUGCAAGGCAAGGUAUUUUUGGUCAACAGGGUACAUGAGACUGCAAAGCCGGCUGCAUUCUCUUGACCGGCGCGUGAUCCUGACCAGGACUGACAUGGUUUUCAAUACAUCGAUGUCUUGCCUCCGCAAAUAUUGUA